GCAGUCGACACCACACCCGCCGGCCGCCUGCCAUCUCCACUCCAUCUCAAUUCCUCUUCCGCCCAAUGAUGCUGUCACGAGCUGCGCGUCCAGCUCUAAGAGCUGGCGUCGCUGCCACCGCCCGACCUGCCACUCUCAAUGCCACCAAUGCCGCUACCUAUGCCACCCUCCGUGAGAUUGAGGGGCGUUUGAAGUCGAUCCGCAACAUCGAGAAGAUCACGAAGACGAUGAAAAUUGUCGCAUCCACCAAGCUCACCCGCGCCCAGAAGGCCAUGACCUCGUCCCGGUCGUACGGUCAGACAUCCAACACCGUUUUCGAGAACGCCGAGACGAAGCCGCUGGAGGGCGAGGGCAAGAAAUCGUUGAUUGUCGUCUGUAGCUCGGACAAGGGCCUCUGCGGUGGUAUCCAUUCCGGCAUGUCCAGGAAAACACGGAAGAUGCUGUUGGAGAAGCCAGACACGGAUAUCGUUGUCGUGGGAGAGAAGUGUAAAUCCCAAUUGGGCCGUUCCAAUGGCAAGAACAUUGUCCUCAGCUUUGCCGGCGUUGGCAAGGACGUCCCAACAUUCGUCGAUGCCUCUGCCAUUGCUGACCAGAUCUCGUUGCUACCGACCGAUUAUUCCUCCAUCCAGGUCAUGUACAACAAGUUCAUCAAUGCCACGAGCUAUGAGCCCGUGAUCAUUGAAGCUUUCUCUGAGGAGGCAAUUGCGCAGUCCCCCAACUUCGCGGCGUUCGAGAUUGACGACGACGUGCUCGCUAACCUCCGCGAAUAUGCGCUUGCUAAUUCAUUGUACUGGGCGCUUGCCGAGGGUCAUGCUUGUGAACAGUCUGCACGACGAAAUGCCAUGGACAAUGCCUCCAAGAACGCCGGCGACAUGAUCAACAGGUACCAGAUCUUGUUCAACCGUACCCGCCAAGCCGUCAUUACUGGCGAACUCGUCGAGAUCAUCACUGGUGCAGCUGCUUCGGAGGAGGGUUAGUCAAAAGUCUGGAUAAUUCACUAGUUCGAAAACCCCGGCCUAUUUCGCCCUCGCAUGGGUCGUGUAGAAUAAGUAUCUGUUUGUCCAUAGGCUCCUUUAUCACCGAUCUUGUCCUACUCUAC